AUGGAGACCAAGGGGCACACGCUGUACCAGGUGCAGUGCACACUGACCUCCGCGCGAGACAGCAUGGCCCCAGCCCUCACGUGGGCGUGCCAGAGGCGCCUGGACCACAUCAGGAAGGGGCUCCACGACGUCGCCAAGGAUAAAUUGGGCGGCUUCUACGCAGGAUGCUUCAAGGGCGCUCCGUUUGCACACCGCGGGGGCGUCGCGGGCACCACGAAGAGGCUGGACGUGUGGUGUGCCAGGUUGGCCCGCUGCAUCAACUCCGGCGCCGCGCCGCCGCUCGUCGUGGCGCAGGCGCUGAAGCUGCUCCACGCACCGCGGUACGUGCCGGGAUUCGACGACGUCGGCACCUGGAACGACAGGCUGACGAAGGACGCUGGAUUCACGGAUGCGGACACCACGGACGCGGAAGCCACGGGCGGCGAGGACGACGAAGUCUACGAGUCGGACUGGGAAUCCGACUCCGAGGCCUCCGACGACCUGAGCAGCGUCGCGGACGAGAGUCUGGCACCAGGCGUGGAGGACUUCGACUCUGGCGCGGACAGCGGGACAGCGGACGUUGACGACCUGUGCCUCGAUGGGAUCGCCAUGGAGGACAGCCUCGACCAGUUCAUGCGCCUUGCUGCGCAGGGCCUCCGGUGA